GUAAUUAUGCAGUCAGGAAAUAAAAAUUUCAUGCAAACAAUAUUGAAAGUGUCUAUACAGCCGGCUAUUUAGUAAACUGUCACUUGACAAUCAAUCCCCAUACUCAUCGAAUUUUCAAAACUUUAUUGUAAUCAUAUGAAGCAAAAAUUCUGUCACUUCUUACUUACACUUAGCAAUGUUAACUAUUGAGUAACAUACACAAACUAUUUGAGAAACAUGCAUUGCUGUAGCAAUGAGUCAAUCAUAUAUCAAAGACCACUGUAUAAACAGUAGAGAAUGUUUUGAAGGGCAUCAUUAAGUUAAUGAUAUACCACACUGUUCGGUUUAACACAGCAUGUCCACACAAAUGUAUUUUCUAUAGGAAUGCAAAUAUAUUCCGAUGUGCUUCAUUGACCAUGACCAACAUACUGAUUGGUUCGUUUGUCUAUAUAUACUGAAGUCCGUUCAUGUUCGGUCUCUCACUCUUGUAAUCCAACACUGUAUUAUUGCCUCAAGUAUGGCUGAGAAUCAUGAGUCUACAUUUCUGAACGAAGAAGAGUCUACACCCAGGAGCGAAACGGGUCAGAAUACGCAGUUGGUUGAACAAGUAUUCUCAAUGUUCAAAGGAUAUCUUACGUCGCAAUUAGAAGCCAAAGAUAAACAUUUACACGAAGAAUCCAAGAUUGUUAAAGAGGCAAAUGAGCUGAAGUUUAAAGGCAAUCGAAAGCAGUUCGAAUUGAACGCUAAUCUAAGUCGUAUACUCAGUCAGAUCGGUGAAAGUAUCGACAGUCCUCCUGACGCACAGAAAUUGAUUGACGAAGGACAGCAUCUAAUCAAGAAACGGCAGAAAUUAAUUAAGUUGGCUGACCGAACAAAGGACGGCUGGCAAGUCGCUCAAGAAUACGAGUCCGACGACAUCGCUUCAGAUUCAGAGGACGAAAAGAGAAUUCGCAAAGCAAUGAGCGCCGUGGAGAGGAAGAGAAAGGAAGCAAAGCCACAGAUUAGCAAUGCGUCCAAACGAUUCAAGCCUGCUGCUGAUAAUCAGCUUUUUCGUGGUAGCUAUGAUCUUUCUUGUACUUUGUGAUUCUCAUUGCGGUUGGAUUGCAUCAGCAACCAACCAUAUAUUGUUGUACAGUUUGUUUUUCAUGAAUAUAAGAAUGGAGAUUGAAAAUAAUUUACGUUCGGUUGAACGUAGUGAAUUAGAACGUAAAUGUAUUUUCUAUAGGAAUGCAAAUAUAUUCCGAUGUGCUUCAUUGACCAUGACCAACAUACUGAUUGGCUCGUUUGUCUAUAUAUACUGAAGUCCGUUCAUGUUCGGUCUCUCACUCUUGUAAUCCAACACUGUAUUAUUGCCUCACUUUCCCGCCCACCCUCCCACACAGGUAGUCUGAUCUAACAUUAUUUUACUCGGUAUUUCUAGGCCGUUCAGAAUUUGUUGGAAGCAGAGUCAGGUGCUUCCGCUGUCAGCGUAUCGGACAUUGGGCAAAAGAUUGCAGAGUUCCAAUCACCUGGCCAACGUUGUCAACACCAAACAAAAGUGGAUUCUAUUAUGCAAGCGGCUCAACGCCUAGACCAGCCGGAGGGAACAAGGACGGAAUGUAACGUGGAUAAUGGUAACGAUAGCGUGAUAAACCAAUUGUGUGAGGUAACAAAUUAUGGUGAAUUUGAUAAUGAUUGCCCUCAGAAGGUAUUAGCCAAUGUUAAGGGUCGACUGAGGAAACAUAUUGAAUUUUGGAAGAAAAUUGGAACAUCCAAUUUUAUAUUAUCCGUGAUUAGUGACGGGUACCGUUUGCCAUUUAUACAGGCUCCUCCUUGCAGGGAUAUCUCAAAUAACAAAUCUGCUUUUGCACAUUCUAAUUUUGUCAAUGAGGCUAUAAAUGAGUUGCUUCUAUCAGGGCGAGUUUUGCAGGUUUCGCAGUUACCCCAUGUUAUCAAUCCUCUCAGUGUAUCCGUACAAAGAUCGGGGAAAAAGAGGCUAAUCUUAGAUUUGCGGCAUGUGAAUCAAUAUCUGGAAAAACAAGCGAUUAAAUAUGAAGAUUGGAAAGUAGGUUUAUCAUACUUUCAGAAAGGUGCUUUCAUGAUUUCAUUUGAUCUUAAAAGUGGGUAUCACCACAUAGAAAUUCAUCCGGAAUAUCAAACAUUUUUGGGGUUUGCUUGGAAAUUUCCAGACAGUAAAACACGCAGGUAUUUUAUUUUUACAGUUUUACCGUUUGGCCUCUCCACUGCACCACACAUUUUUACCAAAACACUGAAACCGCUUGUCAAAUAUUGGAGGUAUAGCGGAAUCAGUCUAGGACUUUUCCUGGACGACGGGUGGUUGACUGAAAGCGAAAGGGAAGCAUGCAAAGUUUUGUCUCAAAAUAUUAGAUCCGACUUGGCUGACUCUGGGUUAAUUACUAAUGAACAAAAAUGUCAAUGGGAGCCAUGCCAAGUCAUGGAAUGGUUAGGUUUGGUGUGGAACACUUUCAACGGAACUAUUUGUGUUACAGAUAAGAGAAUAACAAGCAUGCUUGAGGGACUAAACUUAGUUUUUCAAAGAAAAUUUUUGGUUUCGGCUCGAGAGUUAGCUUCGCUUGUUGGGAAAAUCAUUUCCGCAGGUUCUGUUUUUGGCAACAUAUCUCGAAUUAUGACUAGAUAUUGUUCUAUUUCAAUCGCGGCUGCUGAAGAUUGGGAUUCUGUUUUCCUGUUAGACGAAUAUUGUCAAAGAGAGUUAGUAUUUUGGAAAGAUAAUGCCAAGAAAUUGAAUAUAAAAUAUAUUGAUAAUAAUGUAACAAAGAAAUCGAAUUAUGUUAUAUAUUCGGAUGCUAGCAGCACAGGCUGUGGGGCUCAUUUUGAUUUUAAUGGCGAAAAGGUUUGUCACAGACAAUGGGACCACCAGGAAAGCCAGAAAAGUUCUACCUGGAGGGAACUUACGGCUAUUGAAUUUGCAUUAGACUCGUUUUUGCCAUUAUUAAAAGGCACAUAUGUUAAAUGGUUUUCAGAUAGCCAAACAGCUUGCAAAAUUGUUUCCGUUGGGAGUAUGCGAUCUGAUCUACAUAUUAUUGCAAUGAAGAUUUUUCAGAUAUGCGCUGACAAUGCGAUUCAUUUAGAAAUUCAAUGGAUUCCUCGAACGGAGAUUGCAAAGGCGGAUUUUAUAAGUCGUCUCAUUGACAUUGAUGAUUGGCAAAUUACUCGGGAUUGUUUUGAAGCUAUAGACAGGCUUUGGGGUAUACACACUGUGGAUUGUUUUGCUAACUAUUAUAAUAAGAAAGUUAGCAAAUAUUUUUCAAGAUUCUGGAAUCCUGGUUCCAGUGGAGUAGAUUUCUUUGUGCAAAAAAUAAAAGGUGAAAAUUGUUUGGUCGUUCCACCAGUAGACCUCAUUGUAAGGGCACUUCAUUAUUUGUAUGCUUGCAAAGCAACGGCAACCGUAAUUGUACCAUUUUGGCCUUCAUCACAAUUUUGGCCCAUACUUUCAAGAAAAUAUGUGAGUUUCGUAGUCGGCUAUCAGUUCUUCAGCGGAAGACAUUCUUUAGUCCAUGGCCGAAAUACCAAUUCAUUAUUGGGUUCCGAUAGGUUCUUUGGUGAUAUUUUGGCAGUACGUUUACAAUUUGAUUAUUGACAGUCGAACGUUUAGUAUCCGUACGUUUAAUUACAAAGGAAAACAAGGCACUGGCCUUAAAACAGUUACAUUAUAUAUUAAAAGUUGACAUUGUCAAGUGUGAUUUUAUUGGCAGGCACUGGCCUAAAUGUUGAAAAUGUGUUCAUGAAACGGAGGAGUUGACAUGUAGCCGGCACUGGCCGAAAAAUUGUAAUUAUGAGUGGCGCUUGCCAGGAAUAAAGUUAUAUCUAAUUGUCAAAUGAGGAAAAGAGAACAAUUAAAGUUUAGUUCAAAUAUUGUUUAUAACGCAAAUUUGUCCCUAUUAAUCUCCCUUAUAGGUAUUUACAAAUUCUACCGAAUGGAAGGAGUUACCAGUCGGUAUCAGACCAGUCACUUCAACGUUACUACAUCAGCUACUUCAAUCUAAAGCACAGUCGACAUCUCAACGAUAUCUCAAAGAGAUCGGCAAGUUUAUCUGUUGGUGUAAGUUAGUUAAGGUUCCAUCAGCGCCACCUUUUUCAGUUUCGUUGGCUGUGGCCUAUAUGUCCAAAGUGUACAAUCAGUCUCAAUCAUACUCCAGUUUGGUUUUAAUACAUUCUGCCCUCAAAUGGUAUCAUUCCUUCCUGCCGCUUGUUCAUCAAAAUCCCUUUGAUAGUAAGAUUUUAUCGAACUUUUUGGAGUCGGCGAAACGCUGUAAGCCAACUGUCAAUAGGAAAGUUCCUAUUUCUCCAGAUAUGAUAAAAGCCAUCGUCGAUAAAUAUGCUACAUCUGCCGCUAGUUUAAAUGAUUUAAGGCUUACUUGUUUAUGCACUCUUGGAUUUGCAGCUUUUCUACGUUUUGAUGAGUUGAGUAACAUAGUACCAUUACAUCUGACUAUCACAUCUGGGUAUUUGAAAAUAUUUAUUCCUCGCGCUAAAAAUGAUGUUUACAGAGAAGGAAACGUUGUGUACGUAAGUCGUCUCAAAGAUAAAUACUGCCCUGUAGCGAUAUUGGAACGAUACAUGAUGAAUGGGGGUAUGGAUUUUAGCAGUAAUCUUCCAUUAUUUAGAGUGCUACGGUUUUAUAAAUCUUCUAACACUUAUAAACUAUGUCGAAAUAAGUUGUCAUAUUCUAGAUGCCGAGAGAUAUUUAAGGAUUGUAUUAAAGAUCUUGGACAUGACAGCAGUCGAUUUGGACUACACAGUUUACGUUCAGGUGGAGCGACGGCAGCAGUUAGACAUAACAGAAAUUUGUCAGAAAGGUCACUCAAAAUUCAUGGUCGAUGGAGAACGAGUAAUGCGAAAGAUAUGUAUAUUUUGGACGAUGUAGCAGAACGCUUAAAAAUAUCGAAUAAUUUAGGAUUGUA